AAAACAUUUAUUCUUUUAUUUUCAUUACGAAACUAAGUUGCAAUAUUUGGUGUAUCAAAUCUUUGAAAUAACUGUAUUAUACAACUACAGUCAUUGGAUCGUAACAUAACCUAUAAUAUUUGAACAAAGUUUUCAGUCAGCAAUAUUUAUAGUCAUAAACCGGCAAACCAAAGACAAAAUCAUGUCGGGAAUAAUUAAAAGUGCAUUCCAGAGAGCUUCUCGGAUAUUGCACAAUUCGACAAUCCAGCCUACUACACAAAAGUUGAACAAAGUAUGGUAUGGCCAGAACAAAGCAACUAGUGAACAGGAACUGAAAGACAUUUUGAAAGCUAGGUUUCCGGGUGCCACAGAAAUCAAAGUGGAGGAUGUGUCUGGAGGUUGUGGAGCCAUGUAUGAUAUAAUGGUUGAGACUGUCGAAUUUAAAGGACUAUCUAUAGUCAAACAACAUAGGGCUAUAACAGAUUCACUUAAGGAACAAAUCAAACUUAUUCAUGGUUUGCAAAUUGAAACCAAAGUUCCGAAAUGCUAACUAUUUAUUAUAAAUUAUGUAGAU